ACUCCUUGGAACUGGCAGGGAUGGGCGAGAUGGCAUGCCGGGACGAGAUGGACGAGACGGUUCUCCUGGAAAUAUAGGACCACGGGGAGAACCUGGCCCACCUGGGAAUCCGGGCGUACCCGGAGAAAGCGGAAUACCGGGAAAAGCAGGACCAGUUGGCCCACCUGGUUUGCAAAAUUACAUCACGGACACUACGCAUACUAAAAUGGCUAAUACUAGUGCCUUGUAUAUUAGGUGGGGAAGAACAGAAUGUGAAGGCGAUGCACAACUAGUGUACGAAGGUGUCAUUGGAGGUGCUUUUUACACGCACACCGGCAGUGGUAGUAACCACCAGUGUCUGCCACUUAACCCCAUAUUUGACGACGUCGACAUUGGUACUGGUGGAAGCCGUUCACUUAUGUACGGCACUGAAUACCAGACAAGUAACUUCGCUCCUCUCGCAGGCGUACAUGAUCUUGAUGCAGUGUGUGCCGUGUGCAAAGUUAAAAGAUCAUCCGUGCUUAUGGUUCCGGCUCGUAAUGAAUGUCCAUCAGAACAAUGGACCAGGGAAUAUUACGGAUAUCUUAUGUCUGAUUACCACGAUCAUAAACGUAGCGAAUUCAUUUGUGUUGAUCGUAACCCGGAAGGUCGCAUGGCAAGCAAUGCCGAUUUAAACGGAGCCUUGUUGUAUCCUGUAGAAGGCCGCUGUGGUUCACUUCCAUGCGGUCCUUACGUCGAAGGUCACGAAUUGACAUGCGCUGUGUGUUCAAUAUAAGAAAUAAUAAGCUAAUAAACUACAUUAUUGUACAUCUGUCAUCGUAACGCCAUAAUUUACAGCGUGCUGUAAAUUUUGCGGUA